AGGACAGUCAAAGUGCAGACUUCAAAUCAGUUUGAUGUUGUGUCUGUUUAGCUGUGAUUUUAAUUACGAUAAAAUGAUAUAAUGGCUCAAAUAAGCAAGCAUAUGUUCGAAGCAGCUUGCAGCAAUGUGCACUGCAGUGAAAUACUCCAUCCAUGGAACAGAAGUUGUUGGACCUCUUCCAUUCAGACGUACCGAGACUCUUUCAUCGGAAGCGCAAAGUUCUAUCUUAUUAUACACUUGGCCCAAAAUUUGAUGCGUGGCAAGAAAGUUUUAACUAAAAAGGAAUUAAUAAAAGCCGGGGAGAACUACCUACGAUCUACCAUUCUGGGAGCCAUGAUCAGCGGUACCUGUGUAACAUUUGGCUGCAUAUUGAGAUUACUGAUGGGGCGGAAGUUCACAUUCUUCACAUACUUGAUGUUGCCAAAUACCCUGAACGGUCUCUUCAUCCUUCUAGAGCCUCCUUCAAGACGAGGGCUUGUUAUUAACCUGUUUUGUAAUUUGGCUAUAGAGUACAUGCUGCGAUGUUUACAACGAGCUGGAUACAUAGCAAUAACAAGAGGGAAGCAGACAGUUCUGUUUAUGCUGGGAAGUGCUCUUCUCUUCUAUCUUAUGAGGUUAGAAGGAGAGAAGAAGAAUCGAACUCCACUGCUAUGGCUGUUUACAGCAGAAAAAGUAAAACAGAAAACUGAUGAUGAACAAAAUGUUUGUCCUCACAAAGGGACAUGCACAAGUUAUAUCACUAAGGGUGCUGGAAUAUACUUCGGAGCUGGUCUAUGUGUAUCUCUAGCAAAGACGCUACUACCAAAGUUGCGGACACCAAUAAAGGCUCUUUCCACAGUCCGUUACAAUCAUUCCAAAUUGGCACUGUUCUUCGGCAGUUAUAUCGGUAUUUACAGAGCUAUUGUUUGCUACUUAUGCCGUAGUCGGGGUUACGACUCAGCAUUGUAUGCACUGCCGGCUGGAUGUAUCGCGGGACUGUCAUUUCUGUUCAAACCUAACCUUGGGUUUGCGAUAGCGUCGUUAUCGGGUGCUUUUAAGAUAUUUUCUACGACUCUUUAUGAAAAGAAGAUGCUGCCAGAUAAUAUUCCAUUACCUCUACUUCUGUACUGUUUCUGCCAAGGAACCCUAUUCCAUACCAGGUUUAUGGACCCGGAUAUCUGUCCAAGCUACAUGUUCAAUCUAAUCAGAAGUGUAAGCAAUGGAAGGUCUGAAAUUCUGUACGCGAAUAUGCUCAAGAUUAUUAAUAAGAUUGCUAUUUAAUUUUUUUUAUUAAUACGGUUGUGAAAAUAUGGGAUUUGUAAGAUAUAAAAGCAUCUUUAUUUUAAUUGUACAUAGAUAUAUUAUUUCUUUAUAUUUUUGUGUACUAUUUGAAGCCAUUCUUGUAUUUUUAGCAAAAACGAUAAUAGAUGCAAGAUUUUGACAGGUCUUUUACUGUGUACAGUAAUGCUUAUUGUAAAGCAAAUUUGUAUUUCAUCAUAUCUAUGGAUGUAAUUACUACUUUUAAUGUUUUUAUGUCAUUGAUUGGAGUCUCUGAUAAUGUGGUACGAAGUCGGGACCUUUUUUUGUAGAUUUCAUCAAUGUUUCACUUUUACAGCAUAGAGAUAUUGUACUUAAAUUUAGUUGAUAGAAGUAUCAGAGCUGACUCAUAGUGACUACAAUUAUAAAUAUAAUAAUUUCUUUUAUUACUAUUCAGAAAAUGUACAAAGGAGUUGAAGUAUGUUUACAAUUGUUCGUUAUGCCAAGAACGGAAUAAAUCCUCCUUUGGAACUUCACGCAGAUUAUUUUCAUAAGAAUCUCUUUAAUAUUAUUUUUUUCUUGGAAAAUUACAAUAAAUUUGGAUUUUUGAAUAAUAAAGAGAAAAUUAAGUUAAUGGGUAACGUUAAAUCGUACUAGAUUUACAAUCUAAUGGUGUAUACCGUCGGUAUGUUAACAUUUGAAAGAGCGACAUCUCAAGUCAAUUUCACAACAAUACUGGGGUUGAGCAGGUUUUCAACUGUAAAGAGCGACAACCUGAGAGUUGAACAAGACCAAGACAUACCUAGAUUUACGAACCAUUCGUCACUCGUACGGUUGGCUCAGUGGAAGAGAAGAGAGUAAUUUAAUUAAGAGCACAAGUGAGGGAUAUCACCUUAAAAAUAAAAAUCGUUUAAACCGUACGUACGUAGGUCUUGAGGUCAAAGUUGACUAGAUCCAGAUGUGAUAUUAAUACCUAUGUUAUUUUGUGAAUAAAAGUUUCACUUACAUCGUGGUUUCAUAAAACUAAAUUGGCUUCGAAGAAGCUGGGCGUUAUCAAUAGAGCACGGCAAUACUUCAAGCCGGCCCACAUUCUAGCGCUCUACAAAGCGCAGGUCCGGCCACACAUGGAUUAUUGCUGUCAUCUCUGGUCUGUCGCACCCCAGUAUCUGCGCGAUCCAUUUGACCGCGUGCAACGUAGAGCAGCUCGAAUUGUCGGGGAGUCAGUGCUCUGUGAACGGCUGGAUCACUUGGCGUUGCGUAGAGACGUCGCUUCAUCGUGUGUCUUCUACCGCAUUUAUCACGGGGAGUGUUCCGAAGCACUGUUUAACCUGAUUCCUGCCGCCGAAUUCCACCUUCGCACGACACGCCACAAGAAAGGUUAUCAUCCCCACCAUCUGGAUGUGUGUGGUUUUCAAGGUGCUUUCUCCCUCGUACUACAAAGCUGUGGAAUGAGUUUCCUUGUGCGGUGUUUCUGGGACGAUACGACAUGGGUACCUUCAAAAAAACUCUCUUGUGAUUCCUCUGGUGUUGCAAGAGAAUGUGGGCGGCGGUGAUCACUUAACACCAGGUGACUCGUACGCUCGUUUGUCCUCCUAUUCCAUAAAAAAAACACAAUUGUUUUUUUUAUUUUUUUUACACGAGUAGGGCAGUUUUUUGAUAAAUUUUAUGUAAGAAUAAUCAGGUGAUGGAAAAUAUAAGAUGAAUAUUUGUAUUUUUCGUAAUAUUGUUAGUACCUUAUUCUUAGUACACGUAUAUUAAGAAGUGAGCUUAAAAGUUUUGUUAUUUAAAAAUUCUCUUCUCAACUUACUCACUGCAUCUAUACUAAGAUAAUUGAGAGUAAUAAUGAGAAUAGAGUUCUAAUUUAUUGUAUUAUAAAAUUGACCUUACUAAUAAUAUCGGUUUAUUUAUGUUACGCAACUGAUAUAACUGAAAUUAAUGAAUUAUAAAAUAAAAAUUAUUGAACAAUGCGACACUUCCUUGUUUUUAUACUUUACUAGCUGACUCGACCGACGUCGUUCUGUACAUCUAUAUAUAUAUAUAAGUCUCGCUAAAACUGAAGAACGGCUGGACCGAUUUGGCAUUCAUUUUAGUCUUGAAUUAAUUGUGGAAGUCCAGAGAAGAUUUUAAAGUUUUAAUAAAUAUGAAAAUUUUCGGAAUUAAAUAAUAACAACAAUUUUGUUUUUCCUUUGAUGUGUCCCCCGUCGCGUCGCUCAGAAAUCAAAUUGAAAGAAUAGUUUAAAAUGAAUAACUAAUUAGAAUCUUUGUAUCUUUCUCAGUUUCUCAGGAGGUAAAAAUCAAACUUAAUUUUAGCUACAUAUAGUUGGUAGAUUAACUAUAUGCUAUCUAUGAUGGCAAUACAACGUUCGCUGGGUCAGCUAGUAAUAAAUAAAAAACUGUUUUUAUGUAUUUGUCAACAAUAUUUCAUAACAUCAAGAAUUAUUUCAUAACAUAUGCUCCUUCUUGUUAUUAUGAAAUUGUGUCUCAGCAGAACUGUCGAACCGUGCGUCAAUAAAUUCUCUCACAGAAAAUCAGUCCAUACAAAACUAAUAUUGGAAAUAAAAAUAAUUAUGGGUCCCAAAUCGAAAUAAAAACUAUCCUAUCUCUCAAGUUGGACUAAACAUCACUCAAUGAAGUAAUCCCCAUUUAAAUCCGUUCAUUAGUUUAAAAAAAAAUACUGUUAUAUAGGUAUUUGCCAGCAAUAUUUCAAAACAUCAAGAAUUAUUUCGUAAAAAAUGCUCCCUGUUGUUAAGUGAAAUUGUUUCACAGUGGAACUGUCAAACCGUGCGUCACUAAAUUCUCUCAUAGAAAAUAUGUCCAUACAAAACAAAUAUUGGAAAUAAAAAUAAUUUUGGGUAACAAAUCUAAAUAAAAACUAUCCUAUCUCUCAAGUUGGACUAAACUGUACUCCAUGAAGUAGUCCCCAUUUAAAUCCGUUCAUUAGUUUAGGAGUCCAUCGCGGACAAACAACGUGUCACGUAAUCUUAUAUAUAAAAUUCUCAUGUCUUGGUGUUUGUAGUUAAACUCCUUCGAAACGGCUUGACCGAUUCUCAUGAAAUUUUGAGUGCAUAUUGGGUAGUUCUGAGAAUCGGACAACAUCUAUUUUUCAUCCCCCUAAAUGUUAAGGGUGGUCCACGCCAAUUUUUUUUUUAAUUUUUUUUACAUUUUUUUUAAACUUAUAUGAUUAUGAGUCAGCAUUAAAAAAUACAUGCAACUUCAAAUUUUCACCCAUCUACGAUCAACAGUUAUUUUUGUAUCGCGAUUUCAAUAUCGGCAAUACAACGUUUGCUGGGUCAGCUAGUUUAUAUAUAGGUACUAAGAUUUAUAUUUAAAUUAUCAUAAACAAUAUCUGGUAUAUUUUAUUUUAAAUUCAAAGUUGUUGAAUCGCAAAUGAUAAAUACCGGCUGUAAUAUAAAAAUAAUAAUUUUAUUGUA